UGAUGAUGAUUCUGGCCAUUUAAUGGUUAAUAAUCAAUCAAAGCCAAUGAUAGAAAAAAUGCAAAUAAUUGGCAAUUGUUUAGGCUUAUGGACUGCAAUGAUCAAUCAUAGUUGUGAUCCAAAUGCCUAUUGGGAUAUUGAUGAUGGUGGCUAUAUUACAAUCACUACAUCCAGUACAAUUAAACCAGAUACUGAAAUCAACAUUUCCUAUGGCACAUAUGCGAAUGCUUAUAAUUUUGAUGAACGACGAAAAUAUCUUUGGAAACGUUAUCAUUUUCAUUGUCAAUGUCAUGCAUGCAUGAAACAGGAGGAACAACAACAACAAAGCGGUAAUUCUCUGUUAAAUGGAUCCAUUGGAAAUGAUGAUGAUGACAAUGAUUUACCGCAAACUUAUCCUACUGGUAUUCAAUUUGGUAAAUGUUUAUAUUGUAAACAAAUUGAUGGAAAAAACUUUACCGAAGGCGGUUUUUCAAAAAUCAAUGAUGAACAACUUUACAACAAUCAACAAUGUAUGUUAUGGAAAUUUUUUUAUCUACAUUAUUGUCAACAUUACGGCGAAAAUACCGGUGAUAAUAACAAUGAUGACAUAGUGGAAACUAUCGGCAAUUUUCUAUUUGUUGGAAAAAAUUCAAAUUCUAAUUUGCUGCAUCAACAACAACAACAACGACAACAAUUUCAAAUGACAAAAAAUCGAUCAAGAAUAAUCUUCUUAGCAGCCGAAUAUUUAACAAUGACAUUCCCGAAAAAUGAUAACAUUAGUGAUGGUGAUAGUAAUAUUCGAUAUUGUCAUUGUGAUAGGUUUAUAUUGUCAUAUAAAUUGAUCAUGGAACAAUUGUAUGAUAAUAUUUUUGAAACAUUUCAUCAUUAUCAUCAUCAACAACAACAAAGACGAAUCCUAUCACUAAUGGUCCGAUUAUUCAUGAUUUCAUUGAAAAUUUUCAUUCCUGAAAACAAUGAAGAUGGUAUUAAAAUCAAUGAUCUACAUUUUAAAAUCACCAAGCUUUAUGAUCAUCUAUUUAUAAAUCAUAUGCUUAAAAUGGCCAAAUCAUCAUCAGAAAGUAGCAGUAAUGAAAUGAAUGAAGAAUUUCUGAAAAUAAUACGAUUAUCUAUGAAAUUUGAUUGAUUGUGAUUUUACAUACGGCACUUUACUUACGGAAAAUUCAAGUUACAA